CGGAGAGUCAUGGGGAGCAAGUGGGGAGCCAGACCCCAGCCUCGAAGCCAGAGACAGAGAUCCAUUCAUCCUCUUUGGAGUUCUUUCUCUGCCCAAAUCAGGGUCACAUCUUCCCCUUGGUCCUGUGCCCCUCUCCCCCAACCAGGAUCAGGCCCAGGGCAGCUGGUCGGGGCUGGUCAAGAAGGAUUAUCCAGAUCAGUCCCUUCUAAUCUCUGUUGCUGCCUGUACCCUCCUGCAAUCCUAGCCCUCUUCCCCAGCACCCUUGGUGAGGGAACACAGUUUAGGGUGUUGAUACCAGGGCCAUCUAUCACCCUUCUGCCCUGGCCUUGCAAAGCAGGCCCUGACUGCCAAGAUCAGGAUCACGGGUGGGGCCCUGGGCCCGUGGGCUACUGGAGCCACUCCUGCUUUGCCCCACUCCGGGGACCUAACCUGUAAUCCUCACAGCUUUGCCCUGAUCCCAGAGCCUGAUGCUCUUAUCUCUGCUCAUGGACUGACGGUGAGGCGGCAUCCCUCCUCCCGCCCCCUUCGAGCCGGUCUCCGGCCCACAGACCAGCCUCCCACCCCCCCUCCACCCGCGCCCAAGGCUGUGGAAGCCCCGCGCCUCCCUUCCUCCCUCCCGUCCCGGCCUCGCCCCCACCCGGGGCCAGCUGAUUGCAUUUGCCUGCCGUGGUCGUCUGGUUGCUGCUGGCUCUCCCCUUGCCUGCCAGGGCUCCCCCUCCUAGUUGGGGCCAGGCCAGGCCAGCUCCCCUGGCAGCAGAGAGGGGCAGGUGACGGGCAUCGCUGCGGAGGGAGUGAGGAGGCGCCGGGAAGCAGAGCUGGGAGCCCAGGAGAGGUCUAGCCAGAGCCCAAGAUCCGGAGCCCCUCGACCUGUCCACCAUGGGGGAGAUGGAGCAGCUGAGGCAGGAGGCGGAGCAGCUCAAGAAGCAGAUUGCAGAUGCCAGGAAGGCCUGCGUGGACAUCACUUUGGCAGAGCUGGUGUCUGGCCUGGAGGUGGUAGGGCGAGUCCAGAUGCGGACGCGGAGGACAUUAAGGGGGCACCUGGCCAAGAUCUAUGCCAUGCACUGGGCCACCGACUCUAAGCUGUUGGUAAGUGCCUCACAAGACGGGAAGCUGAUCGUAUGGGACACCUAUACCACCAACAAGGUGCACGCCAUCCCACUGCGUUCCUCCUGGGUCAUGACCUGUGCCUACGCUCCGUCAGGGAACUUUGUGGCAUGUGGGGGGCUGGACAACAUGUGCUCCAUCUACAGCCUCAAAUCUCGGGAGGGAAACGUCAAGGUCAGCCGCGAGCUCUCUGCCCACACAGGUUAUCUCUCCUGCUGCCGCUUCCUGGAUGACAACAACAUUGUGACCAGCUCAGGGGAUACCACGUGUGCCUUGUGGGACAUCGAAACGGGGCAGCAGAAGACCGUGUUUGUGGGACACACCGGUGACUGCAUGAGCCUGGCUGUGUCACCAGAUUACAAACUCUUCAUUUCUGGGGCUUGUGACGCCAGCGCCAAGCUCUGGGAUGUGCGGGAGGGGACGUGCCGUCAGACUUUCACAGGCCAUGAGUCGGACAUCAAUGCUAUCUGUUUCUUCCCCAAUGGAGAAGCCAUCUGCACGGGCUCGGAUGAUGCCUCCUGUCGCCUCUUUGACCUGCGGGCAGACCAGGAGCUGACUGCCUACUCCCACGAGAGCGCCAUCUGCGGCAUCACGUCGGUGGCCUUCUCGCUCAGUGGCCGCCUGCUCUUUGCAGGCUACGAUGACUUUAACUGCAAUGUCUGGGACUCCCUGAAGUGUGAACGUGUGGGAAUUCUCUCCGGCCAUGACAAUAGAGUCAGCUGCCUGGGGGUGACAGCUGAUGGGAUGGCUAUGGCCACUGGCUCCUGGGACAGCUUCCUCAAAAUCUGGAACUGAAGAGGCCGGAGGAAGGGCAGUGGAAUGCCCUGAAGAUCUGCAGCCGCUCCCAUGUCUUCUACACCCCAGGGCCAUUCCCACCGAGCUUCCUCCUCGGAGGGCGGGAGGGCGGCAGAAUGUGGGAGUGUGCCUUCGGGACCAUGAGGGACAAGUAACUGCCCGCCUCUUUCCAAAGCCUCCCCUCUCCC